GAAAAUUAGAAACAGAUCCAAAAUUCAAAAUUUGUUAAUUCAGUAGUGCUACUGAAUUUCAAUAAACGCGUGACGAAUAUUCUGAAUCCGUCACUGUAAAAAGAUGUGUUGGCUUCCAAUUCUCAUCUUAAUAGUUGCAUUUGAGAUCAUAUGCCUACAGCCUGCUCUAGCUGGUUUGUCUGUCAAGCAUCUUCCUGGAUUUGAAAGACCACUUCCCUUUCAACUUGAAACCGGGUAUAUAGGAGUAGGUGAAACAGAUGAGGUGCAACUCUUCUAUUAUUUUAUAAAGUCGCAAUCUAAUCCUAAAGUCGAUCCACUUAUUUAUUGGUUUACGGGAGGUCCCGGUUGCUCUCCAUAGAGUGCGAUUUUUUUUGAAUUUGGACCCAUUACAUUGGACACUAGAGCUUAUAAUGGGAGCUCAACGUUAUCUUUAAAUCCAUAUGCAUACACAAAGGUGGCAAGCAUGAUUUUUGUGGAUUUGCCAGUGGGAACUGGAUUUUCCUAUGCAACAACACAAAAAGCAAAUUACUCAGAUGAUUUACAAUCAGCUAAUCAUGCUUAUGAAUUUCUUCGUAAGUGGUUAAUUGAGCAUCAGGAAUAUCUCAAUAAUCCUUUUUAUGUUGCUGGAGACUCAUAUAGUGGAAUUACAGUUCCUAUUGUUACUCAAGUAAUAUCAAAUGGUAUUGAUAGGGGAAUCAAGCCAUGGAUCAAUCUUAAGGGAUAUAUUUUGGGCAAUCCAUUAACAUUUGCUGGACAAGAUUACUAUAGGAUACCUUUUGCUCAUGGGAUGGGCCUAAUUCCUGAUGAACUAUACAAGUCAUUAGUGACUAAUUGUGAAGAAGAGUCGAUACAUAAUGGUCCAACCAACCCACUUUGUUCAAGGGACAUGCAUACUUUCAAAUGGUUGACUAAGGAUAUUUAUCAAUAUAAUAUCCUAGAGUCCCCUUGUGAACUUGUAUCAAAUGAUUCAAGAAGAUGGUUGACUGAAAAUGUUCUAAAGCUCAAAAAUUCUGCUACAUAUCCUCAAGUUAAAUGUCGAAAAGAAUGGCGGCAUGACCUCUCUUUGAUUUGGGCCAACGAUAAUAUUGUAAGGGAUGCUCUUCAUGUUCGAAAGAAAACUAUUGGAGCAUGGGAGGAAUGCAAGAGGAACUUGCCUUUUGGAACAAUUAUCAACAAUACUAUACCAUAUCAUUCAAAUCUUAGUCGUAAAGGUUUUAGAUCUCUUAUUAUAGAGAAAAGAAUGAAAUACUUGAAGAUGAAGUGUUCACUUCACAUUGUCUUGUUAAUUUUUGUAAUAUUUGAGAUAUAUCCAUUUUUUGUUCUUGCUGGUUCACCUGUCAAGUAUCUUCCUGGAUUUGAAGGACCACUUCCAUUUCAACUUGAAACCGGGUAUAUAGGAGUAGAUGAAGCAAAUGAGGUGCAACUCUUCUAUUAUUUUAUAAAAUCGCAAUCUAAUUCAAAAAUCGAUCCACUUAUUUAUUGGUUUACGGGAGGUCCUGGUUGCUCUCCAUUGAGUGCGAUUUUAUUUGAAUUAGGACCCAUUACAAUGGAUAUUAGAGCGUAUAAUGGGAGCUUGCCAACGUUGUCUUUAAAUCCAUAUGCAUACACAAAGGUGGCAAACAUGAUUUUUGUAGAUUUGCCAGUAGGGAGUGGAUACUCCUAUGCAACAACACAAAAAGCAAAUUACUCAGAUGAUUUACAAUCAGCUGAUCAUGCUUAUGAAUUUCUUCGAAAGUGGUUAAUUGAGCAUCAAGAAUAUCUCAAUAAUCCUUUCUAUGUUGCUGGAGACUCUUAUAGUGGAAUUACAGUUCCUAUUGUUACUCAAGUCAUAUCAAAUGGUAUUGAUAUGGGAAUCAAGCCAUGGAUCAAUCUUAAGGGAUAUAUUCUUGGGAAUCCAGUAACAUCUCCUGCUCCAGAUUACAAGUAUAAGGUACCUUUUGCUCAUGCAAUGGGCCUAAUUCCUGAUGAACUAUACAAGGUAUAUAUGAUUAUCAUUUAUAGUCGCUCUACUAUAUACAUUGUAUCAAAGUGCAUUCGCAUGUAUCUGGGAUACAUGACAAAUCUCGCUCACUUUCUUCCCCAUCUCGCUCACCUCUCUAUUUCAGAAGAAUGGCACGAACUCUCUGUGAUUUGGGCCAACGAUAAAAUUGUGCAAGACGCUCUACAUGUUCGAAAGACUAGUAUAGCAUGGGAGAGAUGCAGGAAGUUGUCUUUUGGAACAAUUAUCAACAAUACUGUACCAUAUCAUGCAAAUCUUAGUCAUAAAGGCUUUAGAUCUCUUAUUUACAGUGGUGAUCAUGACAUGGUUGUGCCAUUUAGUUCAACACAAUUAUGGAUUAAAUCACUAAACUAUUCAAUUAUUGAUGAUUGGAAGCCAUGGGUUGUUGAUGGUCAAGUUGCAGGUUAUACAAGAAGUUAUUCCAACCAAAUGACGUUUGCCACGGUCAAGGGAGGAGGGCAUACGGCCCCUGAGUGGAAACCUGCGGAAUGUCUUGCCAUGUUAAAGCGUUGGUUAUCCCAUGUAUCACUUUAACUAAUUUU